AUGGCCAAAUCCCAGCUACUCGUUUCCCUUCUUGCCGCGCUGGCUGCGGCGCCGCCGUCAAGCCAAUACGCCGCCCGGCUUCGAGGCGAAGUGCGAGUCCAAGAAGUCCUUCCGCGCGAUGCAGCACCUCAUCUCGGACCUCUCUCACGAGCCUCCCAUGGGCUUGGCUCCUGGUCCGACGCAAUCUUCUACUUUUUCGGUGGCCGCCCAUACCCGGGAACAUGGGACGGUGUGGACGACAAGGGCGAGAGCCGCGAGAUCAUGAGGAUGGAGUACACCGAUGUGCCGGCUACCGUCAAGAAGUGGAUCGAGGAGCAGAAGAAAAUCGAGGAUCCCGAGGCCCCUAGCAAGCACCUGUUUGCCGUUUAUGAGAAACCCCAGAAGGAGGGAGACAAGAUCACGGGAACGGCUAAGCCUAGGCCAGAUGGAACUGAGGCCGCCGACGAGGAGAAGGUUCUCAUGUUCGCUGCCGGUGCGCUCUACGAGAUUUUGCCUCUCUGGGUUGCCGAUGGCAGUGACUGUCAAGACGAGCUCCUCAACUUGGAGAACUACCAGGCGUGGCCUGAGGACAAGAAGAUUGUGGCAUGGCCGGUCGAGCAUACUUGGCCCGACGACGAGAGCGGCAACCGCGAAAUCGAGUUCACCGUCAAGGCCCAAAUCCUCCACGAGACUGAGGAGGGCCGCGUCGCGCGUCUACAACGAGAGAAGGAGGCGGAGGAGGAGAGAAUACGCCAGGAGGAAGAGGCGAAGAGGCUAGCAGAAGAAGAGGCCCAAAAGGCUGCUGAGGAGGCAGCUAAGGAGGCGGAGGAGGAGGGCACCAACGAGGAGGCUGUCACAAGCGAGAGCGAGGCUCCAGCCGUUGAAGAGGUGGUAGUGGAAAAGGUUGAGGAGCCAAGUGCCCCCGAGGCGGAGGCUGAUUCCGCAAGCAAGACUGAGAGCUCGGAGAAGGACGAGUUGUAA